GGGGCUCCGCUGUGAUGCGGAAGGCAGCUGCUGUGUUUCUGUUGCUGUUAGGGAAUGUGACUCAAGCUGAUAAGCAGGUCUAGCACAGGGCAUUCCCCACUGCAGUGACUUGAUACAUUAAUGUGGACAAGAGGGAUGCUCUGCUCCUCCAUAUGUGUAUGUGCCACCAGGGAGUAGCUGCCAGCACAGGCAAGCGCCUGUGAAACCAAGCGGGUGCAGCCACAGCGCUUCUCCAGAGCUCCUCCUCGCUGGAGCAAAGUUUAGCUCCCAAAUCCUGAAGCAGAGAGUUUAGCAAAUAAACCCUGGUCAGGGAACCAGCAUAUUGUGCAAGUUCAGCAUCUGCGUCCAAUAGAAAUAAAUGGAAAGACUUUACAGCGCUUCUAACAAGAGCAUUUAAAAAAAUCAGCCAAGGCACAGAUGCUGGUUUACUAUUCAAAACAGCCUGAGAAACCACUGUGCGAGAGAACACAGACACACACAUACAUGGUCUGCGGUUUGCAGUAACAAGACUAUCAGGUCUGAAUGCAGUGAGAAGGGAAGGAAGAGGAUCUCCCAAAUACAUGAAAUCACAGAAUCGUUUAGGUUGGAAAAGACCUUUCCAGAUCAUCAAGUGCAAGUCUUGGACUUACAUAGAGGGGUGUCCCAUAGCCUGAGCUCCCAUCUCAUUUUGCUUCUGGAUACGGAAGGGGGACUAGAAGGGAAACUGACCACAUAUCCCCUGUCUGCUGCCACGUGAAGCUGGUGACUCUGUUUUGAAGCUCCUCCAACUCCUAACACUGAGCCAAGACCACUUGCCUCUUCCAGAAGCAUAAAGCCUGGAGAGGUUGAGCCAGAAUGUCUUCUGAAGGCUUUCUGAAGGAAAUGCAAACCAUUGGUGAGAAGUUUCUCCUUAAGCUCCAGAAACUGCCCAAGGCUGACCCGGUGGAGAUUGUGUCCUUUUGUGUGGUUCUUCUGUUUAUCGUUACUGUUCUGGUGCUCAUGAUCAUUGCCUGCAGCUGCUGCUGCUAUAGCUGCUGUAGCUGUGAUGGACAUCCUGACCACAGACGGAGAAAGAUCCAAGUCCGCCCAGCUGCCCAUUCAUGAAAUGCAACAAGUGGUGACACAAUUUACUAUCAAGGACAUGCACGGACAUCAUGAUUCAGUCCCAUGGGGAUGACUUUCUACACUAGGUCACUGGAAAUGGCAAUAACAAUAACAAUUAAUAUGACCCAAAGGACCAGAAAUCACAGCAUGGAAUUCCUUCUUUCUGUGACAGCCACUACUGUGACCAGAAAGCCCUGCAACUGGGCCAGCCAACAGUUCCCUCUGUGAGCACGGAGCCACAGACCAAAGCAGAGAGCACAGAGGCUGCCACAUGCUAGGCAGUGCUUACUCUCUUUACAGGCAGCUAAUCCAGAAGGAUGGUGCCGGGAGCUAGCAGAACCCCCUGACAUCACUGAGAGAUCUACAUGCUUAAUGCAUCUUGGAUCAAUCCCAAACCUGGUAUCUCAAAAGCUGCCUGCAACACACACAUUUAGCAGAGACAUCUGCUGAAAACAACAAACUUCAUCCAGACAUACCAGCUGAGGCUCUGAGCAUAGCCAGAACAAAUGCUCUUCGCUUUACUGCAUGGGGGCCACAGUGAUAUGAAACUGCCAAAGGGAAAAAACAGUUCAUGUGCAAUACCCUUUGUAAACAGAAACGUGAAGGCGAAAGUGAAAACUUCACCAAUGCUACAGCUUCAUUUGAUCAUUCUGCUGCUAAACGUGCUCCCUCCCCACCUUCUGUGUGGUUCUGCUCUUCUGCUUACUGCAGGUGAAUGGUUCUUACAAAGUAUGGGAGUUUGAGAUGAACAAACCCAUCCUUCCUUGAGGGACCUGUGUGCCUGACUCCCUGCCCUGUGUGCAGUUUAUUUUAGUGGACAUAAACAUUAUGCCUUAGGUUUGUUUAUUAGCACAUGCAAAGGCAUUUCAGAGGAGUGACAUACCAGGUGGUAACCAUCACUGCAGGGCACUCAUGCAGCAGCUGACAGCGGGCACUGUGACAAAGCAGAGCCCAGAACAGCCUGUACAGCUGGAAACAAAUGCAAAUAAAUCCCUUUUCCACACUGCUCCCACUGUGUAUGUUUGGUUUAUACUUAGGUGAUUUAUGUACAUACAAGGCUAUGGUGCAGGUCACAGCUUUCCUAACUGGGACAGCCAAAGGAAGACCAUCACACUGCACCUGACUCUGUAAGCCACUGGUCUUUCUGCCCCAAACGUGAAACCAGCCACCUUUAUGAGAAGGCAUAUCGAUAAGUUAUCUUCUAUCCUUGUACCCUAAUUGCUAAGUGUAGAGGAAUCAAAGGGAUUGCAUGCGUAUAUACCAGAGCUAGCAUCUAGCUCUCUAGAGAAAAGAAUCAAACUUAUAACCAUAGGCUUUUAAAUAUUCUUCACACUUCAAAAAGAACAAAAAUUUUGAAAACUUUGUAAAGAAACCUCUUUUCUCGGAUGCCUGCACCCAUAUCAGUAAAAGGCACAUUCCACCACUACAUCCUCAUGUAUUCAACUGUUGCAAAGAAGCCACAUGUAGGUAUUUUGCAUUUUUAUACUGUUGCCCAUUAGGAUACAGCUGCAGCAGCAACACAGACAAUAGGCUAAAAAUUAAGAAAAAAAAAACUUCCAGCAGAAAAUAAGGCUGUUCUUUAGAGCGUAAACAUUUGAGCCCGAACUUGACAACUGCCAACAGAGGACUGCACUAGUAUGAGCUAGUGCACACACAGUUAGCACUGAAACAAACAAAGUGCUGCCCUUUAUUGUACUUCCCCAAAGCUUUCACUCCAGACCAAUAAAUGUCAGGGUAGGAUAAGCUCAGGUGUGGCAUCAACCUACUCUAAUCAACAUUCAGAGUUACAUCACACAAACCUCUCUGUCAGAUAUGGCUUUGCUCAUUUUGCUUACAAACAAGUGGCAAUCAAGGUGACAUAUGAAGUCUCAGAACCUCUUUUGUAGGAGACAGACUCAACGGAUGCUUCUGGAUCUAAUUUAAAUCACGAGAUCUGUGAAAGCACAGAGCUUACUUUCUUUCCUAGCUUAUCCUAGACAGCACCAGCUAGAGGAAUUAACAGAAUCCCAUUGAGAAAUGUUAACAGCAGGAUGGAACCAGUCUGUGCUAAAUCAAGGAGGAAGCUCAGCUCACAUACCAACUGACAGCUUGAUGUCACUAGGAACAAGCUGCCAGGCCUUAUCUCAACAGGAAAAGCUACAAAUACACAUUCUCCAGUGGUACUACAAGUCAAACCGCUGACAGAUAGCAGGCAGGGGGACAAGAGAAAUGGCUCCUGUCUUAUUUCUGCCACUGCAAGUUCCUGAAUUAGAAACAGAGACUAAACACAACACUUAAGAGGAGUGAAAAUCAAGCAUUUCUCUAAAGAAUUCAUGCGGCUUUCUGGAGCAGAGCAGCAGUCACUACAUACAGGAGAAUCCCUGGACUGAUUUCUACGUACUUGCCUAGACCUCACAAGCCUAAUGUUCUACUUCCUACCAUUUUGUACAAUUGCUCGCAGCUGGACUAUUCAUACACUUAGUGUUUAGUUAAGCCCAUUGCUGGCCUGGGUGGGCUCUGCCACCUUCCUGCGUGCAACAGAUCAGUUUGGCCUGAAAGAUGCCCAGAAAAUCCCAGUUUACUACAGCUCUUCAGUUUCUGUUGACUAGGAACGUGUCUGGGUCCCUGCUCACCACUCACACCAGCUUUUGUGGGUUUGGUUUCAAUCAUUACCCACAUAAAGGGACCUGAAAUGCUCUGAGCACUAGUGAGGAUAGAUCCAUCCUCUCCGUUUCAAAAAGCAGAGGGAGAUCCAGAAAAGCACAAGACUAAGGUGAGACUGUUUCAAAUACAGCAACUUCUGUACAUGUUGUGAAAGCCUGAGUGACCCUAGAAGGAACUGCAAGGAAAUAUAGUUAUUUCAGCCAUGAUGACACAAGUGUUGAAAUAAUUCCCUGAAAAACCUAAAAGAGACAAGAAGCCAGCCUCUGCAGCAGAGGUGGCUGAAGUUCCACUGAUGACUUGACGGAAUAGCUUCUAUUCUGUAACAUCAUCCCUUCCUUUCAAAGUGAUUUGCUUGGCUUGUAAAACAAAGUUUCCUUUUACACACACACAACCUCACACACCACAUUCUCCUGCUCCUCCUACCCUCCCACCUCUCUCCAGCACCAUCUUUCUAGUCUUCCUCAGUUAGGAAAGCAACAGGGACACAGUUUUAUUGAAGCUAAUGGCAGUGCAAGGCUCUGGAAUGAGUUUAUCCACCCAAACUCUCUCAAUGAGUUUUGGACUGGAGGGCAGUCUUGUUCACCGUCAUUUUAAAUAUGGUGGUCUCCUAACAGAGCUUACAAUACAGAUCCACUCAGGAUCCAAUGAAAGCCUCUUCUCUCCAUUGCAGCCUUCCCCAGUCAGAGGGCAUCAUGAGCCUUUACAACCACUGGAACAGGUGUACGAGUAGAUAAAGCCAUGGAGAAGAAAGAACCUCAACUAGGCUCAAUGCCUUUGACCAGAUUAGCCACACCUUUGCAGGGAAGUCAGCUGUUAAUCAUUGACUGUAGUACAAACAGUCACCUUCCAUGCUGGCUCUGCAGUCUCCAGGUGCAGUAAGGCAGUUCUUCCCCACAGGCCAAGAUCUCUUGGAGUGAAUGCUGAGAACCAGAAGAAAUACCUGCUACAAACGUAACAGCUUCAGCAGGGUGGAAGCCAACAUGUCUUCAGUACAAGAGGCAUCCUCAGGUCUGGAAGAACUAAAGAGACUGACUGAAACAAGUGAUUGGGCUCUUGGAGGGCUAGUGGUGAUUGGCAUCUUUUGUCUUGUUUUUGUUGGUCUCCUUUUAUUUGCUGCCAUCUUUGGGUGUUGCUCAUCCCCAAGGCACAAACUAGGGUAUAAAUAGCAAAACUCAGACACUGUACUUGGAGCCCUACGCUAAGCAGGAAUCAGCCCAGCUACAACCUAAUUGUGUUGUUCAUAGAACAUCAUCUUCUCUCAUACCCUCUUCUCUCCCUGGAUGGUUAUUUCUCCCCAUGCAACUUCCCCGCAUCAAGAGAAUGCACCACCGCCAGCAAGCUGCUCUGCAAGUCUACCACAAACUCAACACCUAAGGGUAUCUGCAUUCAAAAACUGUGUGACUAGACAAAUACCAAAGUCAGCUCACAUCUGCCUGAUUUUCAUCUUUCAAGCAAAACCACUGGUUACAGGCAAAUGGUCAGCUAUCACCUAAAACUGAUAAAGAUGUCUUCCACUGCUGCAGUUACAGAGGCGUUUUUUCCACCUUGCAAAUAGGGAACAAGAAACUGACCAGUGAAAGCUUUGUUCAAACGCACUCCCCAGAACAGCUUAUACCAUUGGUCUCCUGUCACGCUUGGACAAAAGCCUAAAUAUACUAUUCAAAAAUCCUUGCCAACAUGCAAGUCUGUCUUUAUUUGUUCCUAUUUAGAACCUUGCAAGGUCAGCUUCACUAUUCAAACAGUGAAAGCAAAUGUGAAUAGAACUGUAUUAAUUCAAAAUGUAAAAAAUAAAUGCAACAUGCUGUUUCUUU